UGCACCUGCUAGGAAAUAUCUUAGCAACCGGUAAAUAAAUAUCAAAUUGAAACAAAAUUCCAGAAAAAUCGUAACAAAUAAGUUUUAAAACCCAAAACACAUAAAUAUUUAACUCUAAUUCAUCAAUAUGGACAAACCCCAAAUGAUAGAACAUCUUCAUCAAGCGGUAAAUUACACCGUUUAUGAUACCAAAUGGAUACCUUGUUCGGCAAAACUGGUAGUUUUGGGUUCCAAACCCAAUAGUCAGGGUAUAUUGGAGAUUUACGAGUUAAAUGAAAAUAAAAUGGAUAGAGUAAAGUCCAUAGAGAAAAAAUCUGCCUUUAAAUGUGGUUCCUUUGGAGCAUCGUCCCUAAGAAACCGACAUAUGGCCAUAGGUGAUUUUCAAGGCAGAUUGCAAGUUCUAGAUUUAGAGCGUCCCGAGAUUCCGGUAUAUAAUGUAGAAGCUCAUUCCUCUAUUAUUAACUGCAUAGAUGCUUUGGGUGGCAAACAAAUGGACUGUGGUGCUCCGGAGAUAGUGACGGGUAGUCGUGAUGGUUCGGUUAAAGUGUGGGAUAUUAGACAGGGUCAAGCUCCUGUAGUGGAUAUGACCCCGGAAACAUCUACAGGAGAUUCAAAUUCAUUAAAUCCUAAACGUGACUGCUGGGCUGUGGCCAUUGGCGAUAGCUAUAACAAUGAAGAAAGAUGUGUGGCCGCAGGCUAUGACAAUGGUGACCUGAAACUAUUCGACUUACGUCAGCUGUCCGUAAGAUGGGAGACAUCUUUGAAAAAUGGCAUCUGUGGCAUAGAGUUUGAUCGUAAAGAUAUACCCAUGAAUAAAAUGGUAGUGACGACAUUAGAAGGUGGUCUUCUUGUUUACGACAUGAGAACUCAACAUCCUUCUAAAGGCUUUACGUGCUUAGAAGAACGUAAUGCUGGUAGAUCGGUGGGUUCAAACGGUGUUAUCACUGGACCCAAGGCCACCGUGUGGUGUGCCAAACAUUUACCACAAAAUCGUGAUAUAUUUGUGACCUGUGGCGGUACGGGUUCUUUGCGUUUAUGGAAUUAUGAAUAUCCUGAGAAGAGGAACAAAGAGGGUACAGAUGGUUAUAGUGAGGGCAUUGCAGGUUCUCUGCAUAUGCUACAUGCUUCUACUCUAUCUACACAACCGGUACACUGUUUUGAUUGGCAUCCUGAUAAAAUGGGCUUAGCGGUAUGCGGUGCAUUUGAUCAAAGUGUUAGAGUGUUAGUGACCACAAAACUUAAUUUAUAUUAAUAUUAGUUAAUAAAUUAACUAAACUAGUUUGUAUAUUGUUUAUUGAGUAUAAAAAUGGAUUGAUGGUUAAAUAAAGGAAAGGUACGAUCAUAAGCCGCAUUUAGAUGAGAAAACAAACAUAUUUGAAUUUGUAUUUCGGAAGCUACCCGAUGUAGGAAACGUCUUU